AUGCUUCUUCCUCUCGUCAAGAGACGAGUCUACGAAUUGUUUCUCAGUACGCAUAUCGCUGGCUCUGUUACCAUCAUCUAUACAAUCUGGCAGCAUACUAGACACGGGUCUGGAAAACUUUGGGCAUUCCCAGUUGUAUUCAUUGCUGUAUUUGCCCUCUCUGCAAUUGCUCGUCUGCUCCGAAUCAUAUUCCGUAACAUAGUGAUUGGCAAAGAUGCAGUUCGCCUAACUUUAUCACCACAAAAAGGGGAUGUUGCCUGUUUGACCCUUACGCUUCCAAGACCAUGGGUCGUUUGUGCAGGUGAGCGUGUCAAUAUAGGAGUACCCUACGUUGGCAUAUUCUACAUAUUUCAGAGCCAUCCUUUCAUGAUCACCUGGUGGGAAAACGAUACAAGAGGCCGAGCAACCUCCAUCUCGAUUCUUUGCCGGCCACGGUCUGGCUUCACAAGGAGACUUGUGGAACGCGUCGAGCCGAAUAGGGAAUGUGGUGCGUGGGUCGACGGGCCAUUUGGUCCUUCAUCUAUCAAUAUGGCAUCCUCCAAUUCUGUUAUCGACUUUGGUCAUGUCUUGAUGGUAUCCACAGGUAUCGGUAUCGCCGCUUAG